UCCGUUGCAUUAUUAGAUCGACCAGCAGCAAGCAUGGCUUCUGUCACAAGGGCCUUACUAAUACUCUUCUUCCUUGCUCUUCUUCCUCAGCUGCGCACACCAAUACUGCUCUCUAGCGCCCACCACCUCCCCGUUCCAUUUCUUUGCCAUCCAGACCAAGCAAAGCAGCUCCUCCAGCUCAAAAGGUCCUUCUCCUUCGUUGAUUCCACCACCACGCUUUCGUCGUGGCAAGACGGUACUGACUGUUGCCUCUGGGAAGGAAUUGGCUGCGACGCCUCGUCUGGAAAUGUCACCGUUCUUGACCUCAACAACCGUGGCUUGUUCAGUCAUGGCUUGGACCCUGCAGUCUUCAGCCUCACAUCCCUCCGCCGCCUCGACCUCAGCAUGAAUGAUUUCUCUGGGGAUCCAGUGGAUGACGGCCGACUGUGGUUGCCGGACAACAUACCGGCUACUGGAUUCGACAGGUUCACUUUGCUAACCCAUCUAAACCUUUCUUAUCUGGGCUUGCGUGGCCCGAUACCUGAUGGAAUCGGUAAACUCGUGAACCUUCUCUCUUUAGAUCUUUCCAGCUCCAUUGUAUCUGAUGGAUACGAUGUACCAGAUGUACCAGACGACUCCUACAUUGACUAUUCUUAUCCUCUGUGGGUGCUCAACUUUGAUACCCUAGUGGCGAAUCUCAGCAAUCUAAGGGAGCUCUACCUUGACGGAGUGGAUUUGUCUUACAGUGGACAUGGUUGGUGCACAACACUAGCUACAUAUGUUCCCCGUCUUGAGAUACUCAGCAUGGCCAAUUGUGCCCUAACUGGUCCUAUUUCUAAAUCACUCUCGAGACUCAGUUCCCUCCUUGUUCUCAACCUCCAAGAAAACUAUAAUAUAACUGCUGGUCCAUUUCCAGAGUUCUUGAUGGAUUUUAUCAAUUUAACUAUGCUUCGACUUUCUAAUAUUAAUCUCCAGGGAUGGUUCCCCUCCAGACCCUUUCAAUCUAAGAAUCUAAGGGUUCUUGAUUUGUCCUUUAAUCAGAAUCUCACUGGUCAUGUGCCCAACUUUUCUAAUGCAAGUUCUCUUGGGAGUUUGAUGCUACAUGGGACCAGCCUUUUGCCCGUCGAACUUAAGGCUUCCACCAGUUUCGUGUCAUUGAAGGAGUUAAGCCUUGAUGGGAAUUUAGUUUCUGUGGAUUUCCUCUCUUCAUUUGGUACACUGGGGUCCCUGUGCAAGUUAGACCUGGCGUUCGACACAGCGAGUGAACUAGGCCCAGUUUUGUCAUGGAUUGGACAUCACAAGAACAUCACAAGAUUGGUAAUAAUCUAUGCCAAUUUCACUGAGAUAGCGCCUGCCUUGAUUAGCAAUUAUUUCAAGACCUUGAGAAGCUUAAUUAUAUGUGCUUGCACACUCCCUAGGCAUGUACUUCAUGCGGUUGGAAACCUCACCGGCUUGCAAACACUUCAACUUUUUAACUGCAGAAUGACGGGGAGUUCCACCUUGCCAUCUUCAAUUGGCAACCUCACAAAUUUGAGGGAUCUGUAUAUUGUUCAAUGUGGAUUUUCAGGGCCAAUGCCGGCUGCAAUUGGCAGGCUCACAAAUUUGAGAAACAUGUAUGUAUAUAGUGCUCAGUUUUCAGGACCAAUUCCGGCUACAAUUGGCAAGCUCACUAACCUUGAAAAUUUGUACAUUGAAGAUGGGAUUUCUGGGCCAAUACCAGCUACAAUUGGCAAUCUUACUCACUUGAACAGUGUUAAAUUUUUUGGUGAGUUUUCUGGGCCAUCGAUACCAUAUACAAUUGGGCAGCUCAGUCAAUUGACAAGGUUAAAUAUUGGAUAUUCCACUUUUUCUGAAAGCAUACCGUCCAGUUUUUUUGGAAGCAUACCGAGUUCAAUGGCAAAUUUGACUCAGCUAACAGAGCUCAUUCUUGCAUCUAAUUCUCUCAAUGGGGAGAUUCCAUCAUUUGUUUUUAGUCUUCCAGUAUUACGUUACCUGGAUCUUUCCAACAACCAGCUUUCUGGUCUUGUACAAGAUUUUGACACAAGAACUUCACAAUUGGAGAGAGUGGACUUGAGCAACAAUGCAUUGUCAGGUUUUAUUCCUAAAGCCUUCUUUCAACUAACAAGCCUUGUAGCUUUGGACGUUAGCUCAAACAAAUUCAUGGGUUCCUUGGACCUUACACAGUUUUGGAGACUUCGUGAGCUCACUAUUUUGGAUCUUUCCAACAAUGAGUUGCAUGUCACAGAUGCAAAUGAUGAUAAUAUAGUACAUACCAAAUAUCUAACCAGACUUCAACAUAUAGGGCUCACAUCUUGCAAUAUUACUCAAUUUCCAAGAUUUCUAAGGCAUGUUAAAUAUAUAACAUAUUUGGAUCUUUCAUGUAAUAAAAUCAGUGGCAAUGUACCAAAUUGGUUGUGGGACAAAAUAUGUAGCAUUGGACCAUAUUCUUAUCUAAAUCUUUCACAUAACAUGUUCACCAGCAUGCAACACCUCAACUCUGAUAUUCUCCCUUUCAAUACAUAUGUGGAAGUGCUUGAUCUUAGUUACAAUAGAUUUUCUGGGCGGGUCCCUAUGCCAAGCUCAUCAGGAAUGAUCUUGAAAUAUUCCAACAAUUUGUUCUCUUCCCUUUUGCCACACUGGACUUUGUAUCUUACGGGCACCAGUUAUUUAAGCAUAUCUAAAAAUAAUAUAAACGACCAUGUACCUCCCUCAAUAUGUGAUGCCCAACUAAACGUUCUUGAUCUGUCAAACAACAACUUUUAUGGCUCGAUUCCAUCUUGUCUCAUGGGAAAUGCUCCUUUAAAAAUUUUGAACUUGAGGGGCAACAAUUUUAAUGGGACAUUGCCUUCCCAUAUAUCAACCAGAUGUACUCUGCAAGCAAUAGAUUUACAUGGCAAUAAGAUUGAAGGGCAACUUCCUAAGGAACUUUCUAACUGCUUCAACUUGGAGAUCCUGGACAUCGGUAGCAACAGAAUAGUUGAUACUUUUCCUUAUUGGUUGAGGAGACUUCCCAAUCUUUCUAUACUACUACUAAGAUCAAACCAGCUCUAUGGCACCAUUGGUGAUGAUAAUAUUGUUAGGGAUACCAAAUCGGUAGAGGAGAUUUUUCCUAGCCUACAAAUUAUCGAUCUUUCCUCAAACAACUUUUCUAGAGUUUUGAAGCUACAAUGGCUGAAGCAGUUAAAGUCAAUGAUGUCAAAGUACAAUAGUUCUGGUGAAACUAUUGAUUUUGAGAGCACUGAAUCAGGUGGACCAUUCUACCAAUAUUCUAUUGAGCUCACGUACAAGGGAAUCUUAAUGACAUUUGAAAGGAUGUUGACAACUGUAACAUUAAUUGACUUCUCCAAUAAUAGAUUGGAGGGCACCAUUCCAGAAGCACUUGGAAGCCUUGUGUCACUACGGAUACUAAAUUUGUCGCACAAUACCUUCACUGGAAAGAUUCCAGCCCAACUUGGCAGCAUCAAGGAUUUGGAGUCACUAGACCUCUCCUGCAACCAACUCUCAGGAGAGAUUCCGCAAGAGCUAACCAAUCUCACCUUUCUUGAGAUCAUGAACCUAUCAAACAACAACUUGGUAGGGAGGGUACCACAAUCACGUCAGUUCUCUACAUUUGACAUCAGUUCAUUUGGAGGGAAUCCUGGGUUGUGUGGACUGCCACUAUUGGAAUUGCCAUGUGGAUCUUCACUGUCACCAUACACUCCAAGCGCUCAACUUGUGCACAGGUCAUCAACUCACAGUGUCGAUGUAGUCUUGUUUCUCUUCAUUGGGCUUGGCUUUGGUGUUGGAUUUGCAGCCGCUAUUGUCGUGGAAUGGAAUCGGGUCAACCGAUGAUUCGUUGCAACUUCAAGAGCUUUGUGUGGUUGAUAACCAUUGAAGGUGAGAGUGUGUUUCCAAAUGCAAGCAUCAAAGCAUCUAAUAUAUGUAUGCUAUUGAGGCUUUUUGCAAUAUACACUAUUGGAGAUGGCUUCUUUGUCGAGUGCCGACUAGGUUUGUAUGGAGGCCUACUAGGUUUGUACAUAUCAUAUGUGACAACUUUCAUGAAACAUUAUCAAAUUUUUAUCGUAGUCGCUACAUAUGAUAUCAUGACAUAUCGAGAAGUUUCAUGAUUUUUUUGACUUUGUUUGCGCUUUAUACAAUUUGUAAAUAACUGAAUUGCAAGUUUGUGGUCGUGUUUCGUGAA